CUCCUCCGUCAGUUCUGAUCUGCUUCUCCAGUCUCCACACAACACAACAGAGCAGAAGGCAGCACGGGCGCUGAUGGCGAUGGGGGAGGCGCUGCGGGCGGCUGCCGCUGACGCGGUGGUGACAUUCCUGUGGGUGCUGUGCGUCUCCACGCUGGGGGCCUCGACGACGGCGGUGACGUCCUACCUGAGGCUGCAGGGCGUCCACUUCGCGCUCCUGGUCACCGUCUCCCUCCUCUCCGUCCUCCUCUUCGUCUUCAAUAUCCUUUGCGACGCACUCGGCGGCGCUAGCUUCAACCCCACCGGCGUCGCCGCCUUCUACGCCGCCGGAGUCACCAGCCCCUCUCUCUUCUCCAUCGCGCUCCGAUUACCGGCACAGGCUGCCGGCGCUGUGGGCGGUGCUCUUGCCAUCUCGGAGCUGAUGCCGGCGCAGUACAGGCACAUGCUUGGGGGGCCCUCGCUCAAGGUGGAUCCCCACACAGGCGCCGGCGCCGAAUUAGUGCUUACUUUUGUCAUCACCCUGGCCGUGCUCUUGAUCAUAGUCAAGGGGCCCCGCAACCCCAUCAUCAAGACAUGGAUGAUCUCCAUCUGCACUCUGUGCCUCGUCCUCUCUGGUGCAGCAUACACCGGCCCUUCCAUGAACCCAGCCAAUGCAUUUGGCUGGGCAUAUGUUAACAACCGCCAUAAUACGUGGGAGCAGUUCUAUGUGUACUGGAUAUGUCCCUUCAUUGGUGCCAUUCUUGCUGCGUGGAUCUUCAGGGCUAUGUUCCUAACACCGCCACCUAAGCCCAAGGCCAAGAAAGCAUGAUGAACAUCAUUUGGUCAUGGAUGCUGGAUUUGAUAAGUCAACAUGAAUUGCUAGAAUAAGAGGAACGCCAAUAAGUUCCUGGUUCCCAGCAUGUUGAAUUAAAUUGAUUAAUGUGAUACUCUAUUACUCGU